GGACCUUUAAAUUUGAAUUUUUGGCUUUUCCCGCUCGAAAUUUUUGAAUUUCAAAAUUCAAAGUGUCGGUUAUGACACGUGUUGCCCGCUGGACGGCGUCAGACCUGCGCCCUUUCGUCUUCCCAGGUGCAAUGAUGGCGCCGCCUGACGCGGCGCGCCCUGGUGAAGCCACGUCGCCUCCCUCUCUCUCUUCCUCGCCUAUAUAAAGGCUUCCAUCCCCACUGCCUUCCUCACUUCUUCCUCGCGCGUUUCUCGAGUUUCACCGGUCAACUUCUCUCUCCUGCCCUCCAGCCCUCCGAGCCAAGUAAGCUCUCUUCCCUCUUCAGUUUUCAUUCCCAGUCAAUGUCUUCUUCUGAUAGUCAAGGUAUUUCUUCCUCGGAUGCCUGCGCAUCCGAGGAAUCUUCAACCUCCUCUUCUUUGACCGGGUCCUCUUUAUCCAGUUUCGAGACCCGGUCAGGCCCCAACACCACCGUCCCUGAACCACAACCUGUUAACCAGAUGCCCGGUCAGGUUUCUCAGGAGAGGGAUGAACCGGUUGACGAUGAGCCGGCUCCCUAUGACCCUGACAGCGAGUCGUAUGAGGGAUGGGUGAACCGGCUGGAUGUCGCCGGUUAUUUUCCUCUCCCUUCCAGCUACCCGCUUGACAUCUACCCCUGGGUCUCUAAGAUUGCCCAGAACAAAGCCCGUAGGAAUCUCCCGGAGGGGUAUGUCCUUGAAUACGACCCUAACUGGCGCAAUAUCAUCGAGCCUCACCCGGACGAUAGGGUAGGAUUCCAUAUCAUCUCCCUGGAGAGUGGCACCGUCUUCCCCCUUCGCCCCCUCCUGGUCGAGCUGUGCCAUUGCUUCAAGAUCCUCCCCGGGCAACUUACGCCCAAUGCCCACCGUUUUCUUAACGCUUUUGUAAAUAUCUCUUCCCAUCUCAAAAUCGACCUUUCUCUUCGCUUUUUCCUCUAUUUGUUUGAAGUCCUUCCCGGUAAGUCGGGUUGCGACGGCUAUGUCUAUUUCAAGGGCCGUAACGGUCGCCAAUUCAUUUCUGACCUUCCACAAAGCAACCGGCUGUGGAAGGAAAAAUUUGUCUUUAUAAAAUUCCCCAUCGUUUCCCCUCUGGCCGGCAUAAAGUGGAGUGACCACCUCUUGAAACCGCAGUACACUGAGCCGGCUAACGCUCGAGACUUGGAAGAAAGUUUGGAGAAGCUCUUACAAGGGGACCCGUUCACCGGGCAAAUGUUCCAUUACGGGGCCUGGAUUUGGAGGAUCUCACCGGGUGGCAUGGGUACCCCCCGGGCUGAUGAAGCAGUGGGGCACGGGGUACCCGCCCCGGGCAACACUGCGGAAGCUGGGGGUUCCUGUCACCCAGAGAUGAACUUCAGAGCAUUCAACAUCCCCACCAAGAAGACCGGUGGCUCCUCCUCUGCUGCCCCAAGAACCGUACCAGUGCAACAGGAGCCGGUGGAGAUCAACUCCGAGGAGGAAACUCCUCCGACCGGUCAGGCCGGAAGGACCACAGUAAACCCUCCCCUAGACAAAGGGAAGGGGAAGGUCCGAACCAAGCACGCCGCCACUACCCACCCCUCGGCAAAGAGGAGGAGGGGAGAAAGUGUCCCGGCCAUAGAGUCGCUAGAGGAGCUCUGGGUCAAGAUGGGCCGAAAGCUAAAAAAGCUGGAGGAAAAGCUGAAGAGGCUUGAAGCCCACAACCGGGAGCUUCAAGACCUGACCGCCCGGCAACUUGACGAGAUGGCCAACCUCUCGGCGGUUGCCGGUAGGGCGAACGCGGAGGUCCUCCAGCUGAAGGAGGAGAACUCGCUGCUGAUGGGGGAGGUCUCCCACCUGAAGGAGGAGGCGUGGGUGAUGGAGCAAGAGCUGCCCGGUCGGGCCAGACAGUGGAUGGAGGAGAACCUGGUGGAGGCCGCCCGGGUGCUUACUUCCUCUGAGGAAAGGACAAUGGAGGGCUUCAAGUUGCUGUACCGGGAGGAGCAAGGGAAAGAGAUGAUCACCCAGAUCGGCUCCUACGGUUUCAUGUCCGGCCAAAAACGAGAUCGGGAGGCCACCCAUGCGAUCCUUGCCGACCGGGAUCCGGACUUCAAUGCUGAAUCAUACGGUCUGGCCCCCAUCCCGGAUGAAGAGCCUGCGCCUCCCUUUCCUCUUGAGUAAUCUUCCCGGCUGCAACCGGUUGAAUUAUUUUGGCAAGACUUUAAACUCAUUUCCCCGGGAAUGCCCGGUGUAGUUGUAAAACACUUAACUAUUUUGUUCUACUUCAAUGCAAUGCCCAAUUUCCCUACCCGGUUAAUCUUUCAUAUCUGCUUACUUGUUGAUUGAUACUUUGAUCUUUGCCUCUUAGAACGCCAUCAUAGGAUACCCGACCGGUAUAAUAAUCAAUCACCAUACUUCCU